AGGAAGAGGAAGCAGAGGCGGAGCAGGACUAGUCUCACUCAGGACAGAAUACACACACUAUUAGGACAUGAACACUCUCAUUCUCUCCUCUCUGCUGUGUUUGGUUGUUAGUGCUUUAGGUGUCCUGGGAUCCGCGGUGACGUUAUCGGCAGAGCUGAGCCAUGUGACAGAUGCGUCAGCCUUGGGGGAAGGGGAGGGGCUACAGAGCUCUCUGGGUGAUGAGGAUGAGGAGGAACUGGAUGAAGAUAUGUCAGGAGGUACACCUACAGACGGUUCACCCAAAGCAGCGGUGCGUCACAGUAAGAACAGAAAGGGGAUAAAGGGUCCGAAAGGAAAAGGGAAUCCUGGAAAGAGGAAGAACAAGAACAGUAGUAGACACACCACGGCCUUCAACCCUGAACACACACCAGGACACACGUCGGAGUUCACGGCCGACCACACACACCAGACCUCAGGACGUGUUACAGAGGACCCUUGUAGCUCCUCCCACCAGGCAUACUGUAUCCAUGGAAACUGCAAGUACAUGGUGGAUCUGAGAGAGCCUGUGUGUGUCUGUGAGAAGGGUUACGACGGUGAGCGCUGUGGCAUCCUGCUCCUACCUACGAGGACGGAUGAAGAGGAGGAGAGAAGCAUCGCUGAGGUGGUUCAGACUGUCCUGGUCAUCAUAGCUGUGGUCCUCUCCAGCAUCAGCUGCCUCGCCAUACUGCUCAUGACCUGCACAUAUUACAGGACACAUAAGAACUUCCUUGUUGCCUACCUGGCCUCCAGCAGUGAGAAGCAACAGCUCCAGAAGACCACACCCUGUGACAUCACGGUGUGACCAUCAGCAGAGAACUUAAAGGUCUGGAACCAUAAUUUAGAACCAGAGGAGAACCGGUGCUGACUCCUGCCCAGCGGAGUGAUCUACUGAACGAUCACUACAACUCCAGACAGUAGAGCGUUCUGUAGAAGAACCAGCGUAGAACCGUCUUGAAGAACCACAUAGAACUGCCUUGUUGUUUAUUUAUUUGAUUUGACUUAUUUAUUGAGGACAGAGCUUUCUUUUGACUGGUGUUGUGUUAGAUGUGAUUGGACCGUGAUGUUGAGCAUACCGUCCAAUCAUUUCACUACUAAGUUAUUGCUUAUUUAUUGCCAUGCGUCUCCGAGGGAACAACAGAGAGAUAUGGCUAUUGAUAAUCCUGGACAUAGAUGGAAUCUAUCGGUUCACUAAUAAAGUCCUUCAGUGUUAUAAGA